GACAAGACCGGGUUGCUCGAUUGGCUUGCGGCAAAAAGUUGGUCGCCAGUACGGAAGAUUUCUGAAGAAGAAUAUUUGAAACUCAAGGAGGAUAAGCUAAGAGCAAAGGGCAUAGACACAUCAUUGAUAAAUAGUCAUAAUGAAUUAAACGAUUCCGAUGGGAAAGAUUGA